GAACAAAAACAGGAAGUUGAUUUUUCAGGUGUUCUAUUUUUUUUUUUAUUAAUUAGUGUACUGUUGUCUUCAAUGGAAAAUGGUGAAUGGUUUAACAUGGAUCCCAUGGGCGGACGAAGAGGACAGCAAUCUCUUUACAACGAGUCCAGAAAUUCGACGGGAUAUAGUCUCCAUUCUGAGUACCAUAAAGAUGGUGACCACAGUGAAUAUCAAGUCCAGUUUGCUGGCAUAAUUAAGGAAAUUCAGGUCCAUGUAGAUAUAACAAACAGGACAGAGGUCUUGAGAAUGAUAGAUCAAGGGAAGAUGAAGAAGAUGAUUCCUGCAAAGAUAGGCACAGACAGUAAUUCUAUUCUUAGUUUGAGUCGCUAUAACAUCAAACUGAUGCAGGUAGACCAUUCCACAGAGAAUCUGAUCAUUCGAGUUCCUAUUCAUGAAAUAGCAGCAGUUUGUUAUGUGAAUGACGAUGGGAUACACAUUCUGGCAGUCAAAUAUGGUAAUCCUGAGCAGUGCUCACUGCUUGUGCUGUAUUGCGAUAGCCCAGCUCGAGCAGAGCGGAUCUGCUCAGAUGUGGCUCAGUGCUUCCAGCUCGUCUAUACGGAUGCAGUUGUUCAGCUUCUGGAGGACACGAUUGGAAGAGUGGAAACUUCAUCUACAGGAUCACCCACAAUCAAUGAGAACAGCCGGAAAAUAUCCUUGGAAGGACUGGACAAUCAUGGCUUUUCUCAGUCACAACCAAACCUAUCAGAUCGACACAACCGAGACAAAAGAUCCCGUAGCCUAGCAACCAGUGACGCCAGCAACCAAAGCAUUCAAGCUGAACUCUUGAGGUCUUACCUGGAGCAGCUGCGCAGCAAGUUUACAGUGGAUGAGCUGGCCAAAUUCUCCACACUGCUAAAGCAGAUCAAUGACCCAUCCCCCAGGAGCCACAAAGAUCUUCUGGCAGUGUUCCAAGAGGUGUUCCAGUUGUAUGGAAACGAGAGGAAGAAUCUUCUAGCUGGUUUGUGUCCCUUUAUCUAUGAGAAACAUUAUGCAAAUUUCUUGGAUUUCCUGAAGAAGCAAGGCAUUGCGAUAGACAAUGGAACUCUAUCGAGUCGUCACAGUUUUCCUCGUAAUUACACUCCCUCCCUCAGUGACUGCUCCACAAUUAUUGAUGAUGACCUGGAUAGUGAAUUGGAGUUUUUGGCCUCUGCCUCCUCUGUAAUGACGUUCCGUGAGCGACAUGAACACUAACGACCAGAGCGAUAUCGAUAGUGUACUGGAGGGGAUAUCUACACAACUGGCACAAAUUGACAGCAAUAUUGGCGAUGUAAACACGUACCUCAACUAUCCUUCAUGAUGUUUUAUAAAUCUUCUCUCUUUGUCUUUUGGAAAGCAAAUAUUACUGUGUUGCCAUCCACAAGUAUAUCUGUCAAGCUUGUAUUGACCCAAAGUGAUGAUGUGCUUGCAUUAUCUGAUAAAAUCAUUCUUGUCUCAAUGGUAAUGUGUAAAUGAUACCAAAUCCCUAGUGUCUACAGCACAUCUAAACCAAACAAUAAACCGAACUGUAAGAGGAAUUUUCCCAGCACCAAGUCAUUGUACCUUAAGAGCCAUCUGAUGCAGGCAUCAGACAAACUGAAAGGAACAUAAACCAUUGAAUUAUUGAAGAUUGUAGAAACAUGAAUUUUACAUUACGUCGUCAUUGCUUUUAUCAUUUUAUGAACAAAAUUACAUGUAGUAUGCACCAGAUGGAAAUGCUGGAUCGUUUCUGUAUACCCCAGAAUCAAAGCGAAACAGCUGCUUCUUGCAGAGAAUUUACAUUGAUGCAUCUAGCUAGUAGGCCAGGUUUGCUCAUUCCAUUCCAGUCACUGCUUCCUGGUAGGUUGGUUGCCCUUUGGGGAACAUAUUCCCUGGAUUAACACAAGAUUAAUGCAAGAAGCUGAUAAAUGGAUUGAACAUUUGCCUUUUUAAAAGUGCCUUAGUGUGAUUUUUUGUUGUCUUUGUCUUGUUACAUUUAUAUAUGUGAUGACAAUAUAUACAUGGACGUGUAAGGUUGUUAUUCAUUCUGUCUAGUACAGUUUGUAGAUUAUUUUGCAAAUAUAUUAGUGUUAGCAUUCAAGUUAUUCUUAGCAAGUUUUGUAUAUACAUUCAUCAAAAAAAUAUCUGUGAUUUAUAUGCAAUGUUUGUAAAAUAUGUGAUUACUUGUCUCUACAUAGAACAAAGAUGUUUCAUUUUAGAUUUUCAAAGCUUUUUUUUUUUCUUCUGGCAUUUUUGUACUGAGUAAUAUUGGUGUAUAGAGAUUCUUACUUAAUAUUGACCAUCUUGUUCAAAUACUGGUGUCUGCAUGUUAAGUGUAGGAUCAUCAAUGGAGCCCAAUUUUUGUAAAUUGCCAGUUUAUUAAAACUUUGUUGGGACAUAAUUUUGUGGAUAAACUUUUAUGAAUAAUUUAUAAAGAAAAGUUCCAUUAUUUUC